AACUGCAUAUUUUUUCAGUUGCCGCAUCCGUUCAAGUAUGCAUGAUCGGGUCAUUCAUUGUGAGCCACUGUCUGCUUUGCCUCAUGUGUGGACGAAUUGGUUUUGCCGUAUAUCGGUAUACGGGUGAUGUAACAUCAGAUCAUGAUGGGAUAUGGGCUUAUAAACAGGCCGACUGUCAACCACUUCACAAUCCAUAGUCCAAUCUCUCUACCUAAACAUGUCCAUCACCACAUCUGAAGCAAUCGCUAUAUUGGAAGGAUCGUUCACAGAAGACUAUGCGAUUAUCACCGGUGCAGUGCUCAUAUGCUUCGACCAUGCCAUCACAUUCAGCCAGGAGGUCGAGCUAUUCUGGGGCGAUUGUAUGGCAAACUUCGUGACGAACACUGUGGUUUUCGAACUCAUUGCGAUAAUCUCAGAGGUAUACGCCGUGACAGGAGGCGACCGACGACCUGUUAUGCUCCUCGCUUUGAUAAUUGUCCUCAACGUGGACAGCCAUAUGCAUCCAGUCCUACGCUUCAAUUUCAGCACAAGAUGUCGCUACAAAGUUGGGAACAGCCAAUUCAGCCUUUGCUGUAGCCGCCACCAUCAUGACCCUCGCAAUUCUCUGGCGCAAGCUAUAUGUUGACCAUAAAACAGCCAUGGCUGACCUCCUGUCCACGAGAAAUCUGUCGCUUGCAGCG